AUGGUUGCCACAGCUGUCUUGUCACCGACAUUGCUGGUCCCGAGCUUGAACGAUUUAUACAAUGUGCCGGGAAUGGGGUAUGCCGCUGGAGCACGCAGGCUUCGUGCUGAACUGGUCAAAAGAGUCAAUGCGCAGGUUGUUGAAGCGGUUGAGUUCCUGCACGAUAAUGGUAUCGUCCAUGGAGGUGAGCACUCGAGUUGAACAAAGGCCGGUUACGUUCUUCUACUUACCAUCUAUCGAUCUCACUUUAUCUGACCUGCUCCUGAAAGUCAAGUCCAUCGACCAAUGGACAGAGGAAGAGGUGUACCGACAGUUGGGCGAUCCUGUCAAAGAAGAAGUUCGGACCACUUCAGAAGCAGAACCAGGAAUGUCUGCCCCUCGAUAUAUUGUUGGUCCUACUAGCAUUCCGCCUACGGAUUUCCGUACCAGUGAUAUCUAUCUCGUUGAUUUUGGAGAAUCAUUCCGGGGCGAAGAACCUCCACGAAUCGAGAACAUUGGCCUACCGUUCAUGUACCGUGCACCAGAGACAAUCUUUACGCCUCAGUAUAAUCAGAACUCCGAGAUCUGGGCACUCGCUUGCCUUCUAUUCGAAAUCAGAGCGGGCAAUCCUUUCUUUACCAGCAUCAUGGGCGGAGCGGACGAGAUUCUCCAGCAGAUGGUGCAACAGAAAGGCAAGCUUCCGGAGCCGUGGUGGCAUUAG